GCCCAGGUGUGGGCGGGGCCCGGCGAAGCGGUGGCCGGGCCGAGCCCAGGUCCACGCACGCCCCAGGCCCGCGAACAACGCGGAAGCGCGUCUGGCCCGCGGGCGGCGCGUGGGGCAGGUGUCUGGCCCCGCUCCUAGGCCGACUGCCUCGGCGGCCGCCCGGUCUGACGAGUCCCCCGCCCAGCGAAGGGGCGCCGGCCUGGGAGCCUCCUCCCGCCCUCCUUGCAGUCCAGCCUUUGCUCAGAGGGGCAGCGGGGCCAGAGCCGCCCCUCCAGGGCUCAUGGGCCCCCAGGGCCAGGGCCCCGCCGGCCCCGCCCCUCCAGGGCCCGUGGCGCCGUCGUGGGAACGCACAGGGGUCGAGGGGGUGGUCUUUGAGCCCCGCGGGAUGGAGGCAGAGUGUGGGCUGCAGCCAGUGGGCCGGGUUCUCUCUCGCUGCAGCCGGGCUGACAGUCCCGGUGGGGAGGGGGCCCGCCCUGAGGGUGCCAGGGACAAAGGGCCCUGAGGUUGCUUCCCUCCACCCCUUCGUGGGGCUCAGAGCCCUCCCGAGCUGCGGACACCUCUGCCUGGCCAGUCAUGCUGUCUUGCCCCCUGUCCCUGCUUGAGCUGAGAACUCAAGCCAGCUCAGCACCAGGAACCCCUCACAGCCUCUGUGCUGUCUGUGUGGACCAGUAGCGAGGGCAUUCAGAGCCUGCUCUGCCCUGACCGGACUGGGAGGUCAGUGGGAGGUCCUCCUGCCUGCCUGCCUGCAUCCUGCCGGGCACACGGGAGGCCCUACUUGAGCUAAAGUUGAAAGUCUGAAUGAAUGAAUGAUAGAUGAAUGAAGGUGGGGUGGGGUGGGCCGAAGGCUGGAGGGCACAGGUCUUGUGGGGCAAGUCUGGGACCUCACUUUUGUCCUGGGGCAGAGGGUCAUGGUUAUGGGGCUGUCCCCAGGGCUCCCUUCAGUGGCCCAGGUGGUGGAGAUGGAGCUGGGCAGGAUGAGAGGCUUCUGGCUGGGGGUUAGGUAGGUGGGCAUCAGCCACUGAGGGCAAAGAGCCUGUGGGAGGGACUGUGGGAGCCUUCCCCAGGGCUGAGUGGGUGACCAUGGGAGGCCAGGCUGGUCACUCUGUGGUCUCUGGGCCUGCUGAGGUUAGCUGGGCAGCAGCUCAGGCUCUUACAGCUUCUCCUUCAGGCUAGACCAGGAGGGUGCACUCAGGGCCCUGGUCUGGGGUCUCCAGGGGUCUGCCUGGAGGCUCCUGGCAACAAACAGCCCCUCCCCUUCUGGGUGCUGGUAUCCAUGGCAACGCUAUAAAGCCUUUCUCCUCCUAGGCCUGCUUGGACUUCAGGCUUCAGGUGAGUGUUGGGGGUAGGGCCCUGGGUCUGGGGGAACAUGGGUGUCCCGGGUGAAGGACCAGCACCUCUGGGGACCCUCUGCUUUAGGCUGAGGGGCAUGACCUCGGGUCCUGGAGGCCCCCCAAGAACAUCAAGAAUGGCCCCUGAGUCUCACCAGGAGACUGAAGAAGCCAAGGAAGAGGCUCUCCCAUUCCAGGGAGACCAAGAGCUGGUCAGUGGCCACCUGGGGCCUGCAGCCAGCACACCAGCAGGCCCAGUGGCCCCCACGUGCCCACAGGACACCAAGCCAAACUCCACACGGAUGGUCUCUUCUACCAACCCGAAGUUGGCCCCCGAGUCCCUGGACCCCCGCACCCUGCGGCUGCUGUGGGGGCAGCAGGAACUGGAGAUCCAGGCCCUGAGGUGGGCCAUCCAGAACAGCUGGGGCCCCCAGCACUGCCGCAUCCUGCAGGAGGUGGCCGGGCUUCCACCUGAGAGGAGUUUGUGCAGGCAGCAGAAGUUCCUGCAGAACCAGGUCCAGAAGCUGACUCUCGAGUUGAAAGAGCAGAAGGAACAGGCCCAGCUGGAGAAGGCUCAACUGGAGGAGCAGCUGCUGCAGACCAUGAACACAUUGCAGCAGAUGGAGGCUGAGCUGCAGGGCUUCCAGAAGUCCUGCCUCCUGCAACUGGCCCAGUCCUCCUGGGUGGGCCGCGUGCUGCGGUCUUCCACUGGCAGUGUGGAGGUGGUGACCGCGGAGACCCUAAUGGACUUCAGUGACUUCUCUGAGAACGGGAACAUCUCCGCUUCUGGGGAGGGUUUCCGGCUGGAGGAUGUGGACUGGAACAGCAUUGCCCACCGGUACCCCAACCUCUUCACCAGCAUGGAGUCCAACUUAGAUCAAAACAGGCACGCCCGGCCCCCACCGCCCCCCCAGCUCUCACCAGCCUCAACACCUGAGGAGUGGGGCUCAGAGCCGCGCAAGCACGGUGCAGAGCAUCGUCUCAAGAGCGUGGAGUGGAGCGCCUUGCCCUUGGUGGGCACCAGCAGCUCGGGGGGCUCCAUCUCUGAAUCCAGCAGUUCCCAGCAUCAUCUCAAGGCCAAGCAUCAUCUCAAGGCCAAGCAUCAUCUCAAGCAGAAGGUGACAAGGCCCCUGCCCCAGGCACUAGGUCAUGCUUCUGAGCAGCCUGUGGCGCAGGUGAGGAGCUGCAGCAGGGACUACCAGGCAGAGCCUGAAGGUGGUGGGGUCCUGGGGUCCAGCCAUCCCUCCUACCCCAGCUCUGACCCCGGGCACUGCUCGUCUCCUACGAGGACCUUUAGGGCGCUGCAAGCCAGGUCCAGCCUCACAAGAGAUAUCCCCAGUGGGCGCUCUACAUGGGGGUCCCACUCCGGGACAGGCGUCCUCUCCCUGGGUCUCCAGAAAACCGCCGGGGACUGGCAGGGAAAGACUGUCGUCGUCGUGCCGGAGUCCUUUGCAGGUCCCGACUCUGGGCAUCCCGGGCACCGUUGGAGCGCGUCGGGCUGCUGCCUGAAGAUCGUGGCCGUGAGCCGCCACGAGAGGUUCGUCCGCAUCCUCAACCAGUCGCUAGAGGAGACGGCCGACCUGGGCGGCUGCAUGCUGCAGCAGCUGGUGCGCGACUUCCCCGUGGCCACCUACCGCUUCCCGGCCGGCAUGCUGCUGGCGCCGCGGCACCACAUCACGGUGUGGGGUGAGGGGCCCCCCACCACUAAGAAGCAGCCGUCCUCUUUCUUGGGUGGGGAGCCCGUCCACUUCCACUCCAGCCGAAGCUGCGUUACUCUCCUCCUGAACCCCAAGGGCGAGGUCCUCACCGAGUACCAGCCCCCGCACUGCGUGACCCCCCACUCGAGGGUCUUCACUGAUAACACCGACUUGUCCAUCGACUGCUUCCCGCUCUCAGAGGCCGGGCGCGGGGCCGACCAGGGGGAGCAGCCGCGCCGGCCUCAACCCCCGCGCAAAGGCCGGGUGCGGGAGGCCCGGGCAGGGCGCAGGAGGCCCGGGACGCGGGUCCCCUUGCCGCGCCUAAGCAGCGGCAAGCUCUUCCGCCCGCGGGCUGUGCCUGCGCGCCCGGAGCGCACCGAGACCCACACGCCAGAGCUCCUGCCCGCCCUCCCGGAGGCCGGGGUGGGUCUCGAGAUCAGCCAGGCUAGGAAGGAGCCCAAGGUCCGGGUGUGCCGGAAGACCGUGGACCGGAGCUGCCCGAUGGUGGCGCUGUCUGUGCAGAGCACGGCCGAGAGCAGAUUCGGCUUCCGCUUCCUCCCCUGCCCGCCCAUCACCACGGACGGGUGCGGGUGGGUGUAGGGCGGCGCCGACGGGCAAUACAGGCUCCUGCGCUCGCCUGGCCGUCUCCGUGACUGCGCUGGCGGAGAGCGCAGGAUGUGGGGCGCCUGGGACGGAGGGGACAGCGAGGGAUGCGGGACACCAAGGGACAGAGGGGACAGCCCGGGGUGGGGGACGCCCGGGGAUGACGGAAGAGCGGGGAGGAAGUCGUGGGAGGCAGGCAGUGCCAGCUGCAUAAUUUAUUCAACCAACUUCACCUACAAAGUAAACCGCAUUCUGUACACCUGAGAGUCGAAAAUGA